CACCUGGCGACGGACUCGUUUUGAACCUGUUUUUCGUGUAUUAAAGCUCCAUAGAAAACGCUGUAUUUCGCUGAGCGGAGCAGAGUGAAAGCAGGACGGAACCUUCAGGCUGAGAACAGCCGAAUUUUGGCAGUUUUUUGUGGCGUCGUUAAAAGUGGGUUUUUAAAACGUACAUUUUCCCCAUCACUGUGAGGUUCUAACUCGGGUUGACUGCCUAUAAGAAUCAGCAGUCUCUUCAGGGCUUCCAUUGGCUUUUGAUGUCCGUGAUUUUAGGGUUUUAGCCUGAAGCUCAGUUUUUUCCCGAACAUUAUCCAUCAGCAACUUUCCAGUUGCUGAGCACUAAAUCAAACACGGCUUCGGCACCGACGUAGCAGAGGGGAAACUCGCAGGACAUGGACUCGAGCAAAGCUGGAGGCGUGAUAGCCUACAUCAGUUCCUCCAGCUCCACCUCCAGCCCGGAGUCCUGUCACAGCGACUCCUCCAACGGCAGCUACCAGUCGUCCUCGCCUCAGCGGGGUUCCUCGCCCAGCCGAGUCCGACUGGGCCAGCCACUUGACCCCUCGCUCGGCGUUGGCCGCCAGAACCUCCCUGGGAGUCAGAAAGGUGGCCGCUUCUCGUCCUCGGGAAAAUGUGGGAUCACAAAAAUCAACGGCCUGGUGCUGCUGUGUAAGGUGUGCGGUGAUGUGGCCUCCGGCUUCCACUAUGGUGUCCACGCCUGCGAGGGCUGCAAGGGCUUCUUCAGGAGGAGCAUUCAGCAGAACAUCCAGUAUAAGAAGUGCCUUAAGAAUGAGAGCUGUCCCAUAAUGAGGGUCAACAGGAACCGCUGCCAGCAGUGUCGCUUCAAGAAAUGCCUCAUGGUGGGGAUGUCCAGAGACUCUGUGCGCUUCGGUAGGAUCCCCAAACAAGAGAAACAGCGCAUGCUGCUGGAGAUGCAGAGUGCCAUGAACAACAUGAUGAACAGCAGCCAGGCGCUGCCCCUCGCCAACGCGCCCAUAGCCAGCGCCAUCAAACCUGCUUCAGAGGAGAUCGGCUCCGCCCCUUCAUCCUCAACAUGCUCCAGCUCCGACCCUGAAGCCGCCGUGCCCAUGGACACCAGCUGCAGCUCGGCUUCUCCCAGUGCGUCUGACAGCAGCGAGGAUGAGGUGAUCGGCUCAGUGACCAGGGCCCAUCAGGAGACUUUCAUGUACAACCAGGAGCACAGCAACCAAGCAGCGGAGACCCCCAGGGGCCCCCUGAACGGUGACUUUACCAAAACAACCACCAACCAGCUCUCAGAGGAGGGGCAGGACACGUGGAACCACUGCAACAACACUGUCAACGUGGCGGGACACAGCCCGCUGUCCAUCUUGGGACAUCCUCUGAAAAAGCUGGACAACGCUUCCAGCCAGUGUCCAUUCAAAGGGGCCAGGAACGCUGCUGCAGCCAGCCACAGUCCCACCUACAUACAUGGAGCUGUGAGAGCUCCACCCAAUGAGCUCUGCACCGGCGGCGUCUACAGCAGGGGUAAAUGGAGAGGACGCAGCAGGAUGUACCUGGUCUGUCCAAUGAAUAUGUCUCCUCACGUGGAUCCUCACAAGUCUGGCCAUGAGGUGUGGGAGGAGUUCUCUCAGAGCUUCACCCCCGCUGUCAGGGAGGUGGUGGAGUUUGCCAAGAAGAUCCCAGGCUUCAGAGAGCUGUCGCAGCACGACCAGGUCAGCCUGCUGAAGUCCGGCACCUUUGAGGUGCUGGUGGUUCGUUUCGCCUCACUGUUCAACGUGAAAGAGCGCUCCAUCACCUUCCUGGGUGGGAAGAAGUACAGCGUGGAUGCUCUGAGGACCAUGGGCUCCAGCGACCUUCUCAGCUCCAUGUUUGAUUUCCGUGAGAAGCUCGUGAACCUUGGUCUCAGUGAGGAGGAGAUGAGCCUGUUCACUGCUGUGGUCCUCGUCUCAGCUGAUCGCUCCGGCAUUGAGAACGUGAACUCUGUGGAGGCGCUACAGGAGACGUUGAUCCGUGCCCUGCGGAGCCUCAUCACCAGGAACCACGCCAACGAGUCGGCCAUCUUCACCAAGCUGCUGCUGAAGCUGCCCGACCUGCGCUCCCUCAACAACAUGCACUCCGAGCAGCUACUGGCCUUCAAGGUCCAUUCCUGAACUCUGGGACAGACUGUCCUGAUCCUGUACUGUAGGCGGAUGCAGCCACACUGCGUCAUGUCCAUGUGUUUGUGUGUAGCCGCUGUACAGCGCUUAGAAGCACUUUUCUUUCUUGUGACUGAGAUCUUUGCAUUCAUAGUGCAAUAUGUGACUGCUUUGUUUGAUAUGAGUGGUGUAGCAGUGAUUCCCAGUGACUUACACGACUCUGAAUGUUUGUUCCCCUUUCUUCCGUAUCCUCGGAAGAAAGGGGUGGUUGAUUGAGCUUCAUGUCUGGUUUCUUUUAGUGCUGUUGGGUAGAAUCAGACUGUAGUAUUACUGAAGUGACUGUACUAUAAGAGCUGCUGGUGUUCAGAUCAUCUUGUAUCCAGAGCUUCUGUCAGUGUGUGAAAAGGGUUGCAGUAAACGGAUUUAUAGAAUUUAAAUAUGUACUAUUAUACAUGACUGUAUUGAUGAAUAUCUAUAAAAAUAAAUUUUGCAAGUGAGGUGAAGUGUUUCUGGA